AUGUCUAUUCUUCCCACCGUUGCGCCCCAUCCGUUACGCCUGACAUCCCCUCGAACACCACGCACACUCCGGACGUUUAGUCGAGACCAGACUCAUGCGACGUAUCCAGAGGACAAACCGCGAGUUCCAGUGCUUUUCAAGCGGUUGUUCAAAUUUUCACAAAUGGCACGAUUUCGAGUUGGCGGCUUGGCAACUGACUUAUUUGUGCGUUGCGCCGCGGAGGGUAAUGUGUAUUUUCACAAACAAACAAAAAAUACAUGGGCGCGCGAUGAUCCUGCGAUUCUAUGGCUUGUGUCUGCCGCAUUGUGUGUGUCGGCCGUUGCGUGGGGGCUUGUGUACUCUCUCACACCAUUCGAGAUUGUAAAGCUCGCUUUAUUGAUGGUUAUCCGUGAUUUCGUACUCUCGGGAGCACUGGUAGCUACAAUCGUCUGGGGAUUCUCAAAUACCCUCCUACUCUCUCCUUCCCAAUCACCCCCAACCAAAGUCGAAUGGGCGUACACAUUCGACGUCCACACCAACGCGUUCUUCCCUGUCUUUCUUAUCCUCCAUGGCUUACAACUGGUCUUGCUUCCUGUCGUCAGCCGAGACGGGUGGAUCUGGAUGUGGAUGGGCAAUUCGGUGUGGGUUGUCGGGUUGACGAUGUAUGUGUAUGUCACUUAUUUGGGACUUAAUGCUCUGCCAUUUUUGAUUAGGACCGAACUGCUACUGUUUCCUCUGCUACCACUCUUUGCGGCGUACGCAGUUUCGUUACUUGGGUUCAAUGUCGCACGAUGGGCCUUGCAGGUUUACUUUGGAUCGUAG